GUGACAUUAGACGCAUUGUUCCCAACAAUUUGUAGUACUGUUAGUCUGUUAUACCGGAGGUAUUGUAUUUUAUUAGUACUAGAAGGAUUGAGGGUACAAGGGAACAAUUUUGUUAUAAUCAUCGUAAUUAAACUAAGUAUUGAUUUUAAAUACAAUGACUACGGAAGCAAUUUCCACCCCACCUUCCGUGUCGUGGGCACAAAGAAAUACAUGCGUGUUUUUAACUUUUAAUAUUGAAUGUGAGAAGCCGGAUAUUAAAAUAGAAAAAAAAUCAAUUUCGUUUAAAGGAAUUUGUACACCUGAUCAAAAGUUGUACGAAGUUGAAAUACCUUUAUAUUCAGAAAUAGAUCCAGAGAAGAGUACUCAUGUUAAUAAGGGCAGGUUGAUUGAGGUUGUUUUAGUCAAGGAGCGCCCGGAUGAGGCGUACUGGCCUUCUUUGACUAGUGAUAAAAAGAAACAUCAUUGGCUCAGAGUAGACUUCAAUAGAUGGCAGGAUGAAGAAGACAGUGGUAAUGAGUGCGAUGAGACUGAUGACAUGUUCUCAAAUAAAAUCGGUGAUUUUGGAGACGAAUACGAGAACGAUGAUUCAAGCUCCAUCGAAGAAGAUUUACCAGAUGUACAAUAAAGAACUUAUGCAAAAUUAUAGUUAAUUAUAUAACAAUAAAUUUUAGGUGUAAAAUCAUGAAAUUAACAAUGAAAACAUGCUUUUAUACCUACUUGAAAAAGGAUAGAAUGCUUUCAAGAAUUAGGAUCUGAAUCUAAGUUAUUAUUUUAAGAAGUGUUAAGAAUUGAGUUCUGUAAUAUUUGGAUGAUGAAACAUAGUAGUGUGCGAUAUUUUGUGUGAGAAAUAUAUAUUAUGAUGAAAUUAAUAUAUUUUUAAGCAUUACCAUAUAAACAAAUUGUUUAUUAAGUGAUACAUAUAAUUGCGAAUAUUUAAUGUAUUAUUUUAUAUAUUAUAUGCAUGUGAUUGAAAAAGAUUAUUAUUGCAGUAAUCUUUUCACCUAUCAUUGUGCUGUAUAUAAUUGUAUGGUCAUUCUAAAAAUAUUGUAUUUACAUUAUACUAUUUAGCAUUUUAUUAUGUUAUGUAUUAUCAUGAUCUUAAAAUUAAAA